GCACAAACCCUUUUCUCCAUUCACCCCCAUACUUACCAAAAUAGCAAUGUCGUCUUUUGCUCUUCUCUGUUUGCCGAAAAAUGAACUAUCGAAAGUGCUACGUUACAUGGACCCUAUUACACAGUUCUGGUUCUCACUGCUCUCUAAGAAAACCAAACGGUUCAUCAUAUUGCUGCAAGUUUUCGGUGACAAGUUAGCGAUUCGCGUUGAAACCCGCGUACGAAUAGAGCUGGGCUCACUCCUUCUCAAAAUUGGAUAUUUCAAUGAAUAUAUAGAAAUGUGGUAUAAGGAUCCGGAAAACUCCGGAUGCUUUGUCACUAACAAGUGGCGCUCACCAGGAAUUACAUCUCGACAGUGGAUAGAUCAUUGUUUGGAACUGACGGGUAGUAAUAGUGUUGACAAUUUGAGCAUUUUCGCUUAUGACAGAGGGUUCGACAUGAACGCCUGUUACAGAAAUCUAACCGGACUACAUUUUUCGAAUCUUCACCUAAGUGGAGAUUAUCUCCCUGAUAUUCAGAUGUUCGGCGGUCUUCCAGAUGUAGAUACGAUUUGUUUUAGCUUCAGUCUCAAGCCUAACUACCAACAAAUAAUUGUUCGAAAUCUUGACAAAUUCACUGUGGAGAACAGCGAUGGCGCAGAUGGUCAGCUGAAUAAUUUGUUGGCUUCGAAUGCGUCGUUUAUUAAACUUACCGAAAUGACACUAUCGAGUAAUCAAAUCAAUUUGUUCCUGAAGCACUGGAUAGCUGGCUCCAACGAGAUGCUCCGUGGAUUUAUGCUCGAACAAUUGGAAGCAUACAAUGUGCAAUCCAUUUUCAAUGGACUCGACUAUCAGCCAUCGGUGAGAGAACAUCAUGGAGUUAAGGAAAACAAUUUAUACCUGCAUCCACAUACUCAAAAGUUUGACAUCACAAGAAACGACGGGAUGCGAGCAACUUUCUAUUGGGCAUUAGGUUGGGAACAACGGCAUGUGAUUAAUAGCUUAUGUUGUAUGUUUGUUUGGGACAAGUUCAUGGAAGAUGAAUAAA